AUGGCGAACAUACCAGCGAAGCAAACCUCCCUCGAGCAAGGCCGCGAGACAGCAGCAAAACAAGGAUCCGUCUACUCACUCGGCUACGACGACCAAGAACGCCUCCGCCUCACAACCCAACACAACUCCCUCAUCGCCCUGAUGGGCACUCCACCCCUCAGCCCCAUCCCGUCCCACACGCACAUCAAAACAAUAAUCGACAUAGGCUGCGGCGUCAACGCCUCCAACUCCCUCAUCUUCGCCCGAAACUUCCCCCACGCCCAAGUCUACGGCGUAGACCUGAGUCCCGUCUCCAUCCCCAACUGCCCAGCAAACCUCACCUUCAUCGAAGGCAACAUCCUCCACCUCAUGGCCUCCGACCCGCGCCUCGCACCAGGGAGCGCGGAUCUGGUGUUUAGCCGUCUACUAAUUUCCGGCAUGCAAGACUGGACGACACACAUCACCUCCGUCUCCCGCCUCCUCGCUCCAGGCGGGUGGUUGGAAAUGCAAGACAUCGCGGACUGGAACUUCUACGUCCACGACGAUCCCGCCCCGGUCUCGAAAGACUGGAACUGGGUCGAAUUCUGCAUGGAACAACUCCGCGGACCGAUGGGGUUGGAUAUGCUGACGUUUGAUCGCGCGGAUGAAAUCUUGCGGGAUGAAGCGGGACUGGAACGGUGUGAGAGGAAGGUGAUUCGACUACCUUGGGGAGGGGAGGGGGAUGCGGGGGUUGAUGAGAAGAUGAGGGGGUUCAUGCGGGAGGGGCGAGGAGCGUGGAGGGCGGCGUUGGAUCGCAUGGUGGAUUUGACGGUUGGGGAUGAAGGGGAGGAGAAGAGGGGGGAGGUGAAGGGGGAGGUGGAGAGGACGUUAGAGCCGAGGGAGGGGAUGUGGUUUCCUUUUGUUGUGGUUUGGGGGAGGAGGAGGGCGGAUAUUCCAACGCCUACGAUCACAGCGCAAGCCAUCAUCAACGCCAUCGCUGCAGAUCCCUUCAAUUUCAACCCUCCAUUCGCCCCGACCGCUUCCGCCAUCAAACACUCCUCCCUCCCGCCCGCGAACCCCCUCUCCGCCGAGCUCACAACAAAACUCUUCACCCCGAUCCCGACUUCGAAACACUCCCCCAGAUUCUGA